AUGCCCGCUGUACGCGUUAGACAGGCGCACCCCGCGGCCAGACCGCACCUCCUCGACCUUUCCUCCACAACCUCCUCACUCGAUUCCGUAUCCACACAGGACGUCAAGGCCAGUCUGGACAGACCAGCCCUGACGAUCGUUGCCCCCACUCCACGGCAGUCGACAUUUACCUUCGUCCCGCACCCGCUGUCCCACCCACUCCCUACGCCUUCGCCUACGCCCUCACCGGCCGCGCUGGGCAUACCGCUGCCGUUGCCGACGACGCCGGUGCUGACUCCAGUCGAGGGCCUACGUCAGCUGUCUUUGUCAUCACCUUCGCCGGCGGCGACAUCACCGUCCCCGGUUUCUUCCGACAGUCAUGUACCCACAACCCCCCCUGCACGGCCCAUCCCUAGUCCGCUGCCGCUGAGCGCCUACACACGCACUCUAACUCCGGUAUACGUUCCCGCCGCAACACCUUCCCCCGCUCCCUCCGCCUCACGAAGUAAACGACGCGGUGUGAGCGCGGAUGGCAGACCAAGAAAAGGGGACGCAGACUACGUGAAGCGCCCCGAGAACGCGUUUAUCCUCUUCCGGCGACAAGCCUGCGCCGAGCGGGCGUCUUCCCCCGACUCUGUCCCCCCGGCGUCCUCGGCCGACGGUGCCAUUGUCCCCGCUCGCAUCGCCCUGCCCGGCCUCCCCGCGAAAGCGAGGCAGGCAGAUUUGAGCAAGGCCAUAUCGGCGCAGUGGCGCGCUCUCGGGGCGGAGGAGAGGCAGAAGUGGGAGGCGCUGGCGGCGGAGAAGAAGAAGGAGCAUGAGGAGAAGCAUCCGGGGUAUGUGUACAGACCCAGGAGGAAAGCGCCGAAGGAGGACGGGCUGGUGGUUGGCGGCCCGAGUGACCCGGAGGUGGCUCAGCAGGAGUAUCGGCUUGCGAUACCGAAUGUGUAUGGGCCCAGCGGGAGCUUCCACACGCAUACCUACACCCAGCCGACAAGGGGGCAGGAGUAUUCACUGCUCCCGAUGAUUAUGUCCUCCGCAUCGCACCGCGAGAGCACCAACCUCGGCGGCUUCGACUACCUGCCUGCCGCCGCGGAGAAUGCCGCAAUGUCGAGUUUCGAUGCGAAUUUAAUGGCGUCGGAUUUCCUCCGCUCAAUGUUCGCCUCCUCCAGCCACCUAAUCCCGCCGCCAACGUUCACGGACACGGCCGACCGCUCGCCCGCAUCUUCUCCCGAGCCCGAGCUCGCCACGCCCGGCGCUACCUCUUCCCUUCCACCGCCCACCUCAGCGCCAUUGUCCUGUGACUUCCCCACCGACCCGAGCACGUGGUACCCGCCGCCCUCGUCCGCAUUGCUCAUCCCAUCAUCAUCAUCGUCUUCCAACAACAGCUUUUAUGCAUCCAAUCCCUGGGCAGCGGGGGCGCAGCAACAAUACGCCGCGCUCUCGCUGUCCAGCGACGGCGUCGCGGUCGCGCAGCCCGACACGGGCUUCUCGCUCGAUGCGUUUAGCUCGGUGUUUGACCAGCCCAUGGCGGAGUUCGAUUUUGACGCUGCGGGUGGGGUGCCGAUGGGCCUGGGGAUCGGGCUGGACGCGCCGUGGGAUGGUGGGUGGGGUGAUUCGGAGCCGCUCAUCUCGAUGGAGAUGGGCGUGGACCCGAUGGAGUUGCACGCGGAUAUAUAG